AAUUUUUCAUAGAUUGCAAUGGAAAAUAAGAAAAUUAGUACAAAAUGUAAAAUCUAUCAUUUAUAUUAAUAAUCGUUCAUUCAAUAUAAUAGGAAACGACGGGGGUUUAUGAAGUGUGACUGUGACUUUUGUGACAUAAAGCCAGGACUGGAAAGGGUUUUUGCGUUUUAUUCGAACACUUGCCGUAAUCACUCCUGAUUCCGGUACAAUGGUGGCCAAGAAGGGCGGAGCAACCAGAGGCGGCGGCGGAGCAGCUACGAUGUCGGAAGAUUCCGUGGAGGAGCUCACCCGCGUUCCUUUACAAGCGAUUCUGCUCGCUGACAGCUUCGCUACUAAAUUCCGUCCCAUCACUUUAGAACGUCCCAAGGUGUUGCUGCCCUUGGUGAACGUUCCAAUGAUAGAUUACACGUUAUCUUGGCUUGAAAGUGCCGGUGUUGAAGAGGUGUUUGUAUUCUGCUGUGCUCAUGCUAAACAAGUAAUUGAGCAUUUGGAUAGUUCACAGUGGUUCAAGCAACCGAACUUCACGGUGACUACAAUAGAAUCCAACAAUUCAGCUGGUGCAGGAGAUGCACUUCGUUUGAUAUAUGAGCAAAAUGUGAUACGCGGAGACUUUGUUCUUGUUAGUGGAGAUACCAUAAGCAACAUGCCGCUUUCUGAGGCUUUAAAAGAACAUAGGGAGAGAAGAAAAAAGGACAACAAUGCCAUCAUGACCAUGGUAGUGAGACAGUCAAAACCUUCUCCGGUGACACGCCAAUCUCGUCUUGGAACUGACGAGUUGUUCAUGGCAAUUGAUCCCGAAACAAAACAGCUCCUGUAUUAUGAGGAAAGGGCAGACAAUGGGACUGUUUCAAUCGAUAAAACAGUGAUUUCUGAUCACCCAUCCAUGUAUAUCCAUAACGAUAAGCAGGAUUGUUACAUUGACAUUUGUGCGCCAGAAGUCCUCAGUACUUUCGCUGAUAAUUUCGAUUAUCAGCAUCUGAGGCGUCACUUUUUGAAGGGUUUGCUUGACGAUGACAUUAUGGGUUACAAGAUUUUCACCCAUGAAAUUCACGCAAGUUAUGCAGCCCGAAUUGACAAUUUCCGAAGUUAUGACACUGUUAGCAAAGACAUCAUUCAAAGAUGGACAUACCCUUUGGUUCCCGAUGUUCAACUUUUUGGAAAUACUGCAACUAAACUUGAGAGGCGGGGAAUGUAUCGAGGUUCAGGGGUUGGGCUCUCAAGAUCUGCUCAAAUUGGUCCUUUUACGGUUGUUGGAAGUGGCACUACUGUUGGAACCCAUUCUGAAAUUUCCAAUUCAGUUGUUGGAAAAAGCUGUAAAAUUGGUGAAAAUGUGUCAAUAGAUGGUAGCUACAUAUGGCACGAUGUGACAAUUGAAGAUGGUUGUGUUAUUAAAAAUGCAUUAGUGUGUGAUGGUGUGAUAAUCAAGUCUGGAGUGAUUCUUGAACCUGGUGUUGUUUUGUCAUACAAGGUUGUAGUUGGACAAAAUUUUGUUGUUCCAGCAUAUUCAAAGGUAUCCUUAUACCAGCAACCCAUUAAACAAGAUAGUGAUGAGGAGCUGGAAUAUGCUGAUAAUAGCAGCGGGACUAUGGAUAUUUCAUCAUUAUCAUCCUUGUCGGACAAGUUAAAUGAAACAACCUCUCGGUUAUCUGAAUUGCAACUUCAGUCUGCAUCAGAGGUUGGUAAUGGUGGGGUUGGUCUUAUAUGGUCAACUAGCGAGGGAAGUCAUGAAGAGGAAUGGAGGCAUUCAGUUGCACCCAUUCCUGCAGAUAAGCUUGAAAUUUUGUACACCUCGAAUGAUGAACUUGAGGUGUUGCAUCAGGAUGGGAAUGUUCCACCACCAGAGGAGAUGGAACGUGACUCUGUUGCUUCUGAUAGUUCUGAGGAUAUAAAGGAUGAAUUUCAAACCUUUGAAAAAGAGGUUUUCGCUACUUUUGAGCGUGCUGUACUUGAAAAUCACAAGGAUGACAAUGUCAUAUUGGAGGUAAACUCACUACGAUUAUCAUUCAAUUUGGAUGCCUCAGAUUGCGCUGGUCCAUUGUUUUAUUCGAUAAUGAAGUGGGCAUUGACCAUGGGUCAUAGCUCCCCUAGUGAGUUGGUGAAAAAUGUUGCAAGUUUGCUCACGAAAUGGCAGAAAGUUCUCAAGUACUACAUGCCUAGUAUAGAUGAAGAGAUAGAAGUGAUUAUGAAAUUCGAGGAAAUGUGUAUGGAGUCUGCGAAGGAAUAUUCUCAGUUAUUUUUGCAGAUCCUGCAUCUUUUGUAUGAUAAAGAUAUUGUGCAAGAGGAAGCAAUAUUGAAUUGGGCAUCCGAGAAGGAAAAUGCAGAUGAAAGUGAUAAGGUUUUGCUGAAGCAGGCCGAAAGUUUAAUCCAGUGGUUGAAAGAAGCAUCUGAGGAAGAGGACGAGGACGAGGAUUGAAAAAAGGUCGAGAUGGUUCUGUAAUUAUUAUUUCACUAAUCGGAUAAACUCUCUUUGGAUUCAAAUAGAAAGAAUUUUUUGACGUAAUUUUCUUUUCCCCCCUUGGGUGAAUCUACAUUCCUAAUGGAAUUCAAUACCCAAAUCAUCAAUAGAUCCACUAAGAACCUGAAAUUCUUUGUUUUGUUUUGUUUUUUUUUUUUUCCAAUGCAUUCUAUUCAUCGCAAUUCAUAGAGCUCCUUGGUACGAGUUUCUCAUUUUGUGUCAAUAGUUCACUUUUGUACCUUGUCUAGCUGCCAAAGUUGGGGACAUGAGUUUACUGGCCUUUACUGGAUGAAAGUUUUCAGAUUAUCUCGUAAUUUAAAAAUUACUCCCAUCGUAUAGAAUAAUGGAGUAUCAUGUUUCUAAGUAUUUUCUUUUUUAAAUACAAAGAAAAC